CUUCGAUAUCUAGAUACAAAUUAUCUUGACAUAGGUGUUGGACCAGCCACAUCUGUUUUCCCAGCUGCCUCGACUCUUGCAGAACAGAAGGUCCAAGCGAAACGGGCGGAAAUCGCGACAUUGCUGAGGUGCUGAAGGACGGAACCUCCGUGCCGAAAAUAUCACUCGGAACCCGCUGGCUGCAACAAGCACAAUUGCAGAAGCAUUCUUUCUUCGGUCUACAUCUCUGUAUAGCGUGUCGACUCAGAAACCUAUCACCAUGUCACAACUUACGCACGAUUCGUCGAUACUCAUGAUCGGCGGAGGAACCUGGGGAUGCGGCACAGCUUUACAGCUCGCCCGGCGUGGUUUCAAGAAUGUCACAGUACUCGACGUCCACCCUAUACCGUCACCUAUAUCGGCCGGUAACGAUGUCAACAAGAUCGUGGAAGAAGGAUCUCCGUCACCAGAAGACGACGAUGAAUCUUACGUCUGGAACAGGAUGUUCCAAAUCACCACAGACGCAUGGCGAAAUGACUCAAUAUACAAACCGUUUUAUCACCCUACAGGCUUCAUCAUGGCUGGUACCACCCCAGAAACCGCCAAAGAAGUCGAAGCCUAUGUGAAAUCCUGCAAAUCCCCUAUUCGACGACUCACCACAGCGACAGACUUCCAGCAGACCAUGCCCGAAGGCAUUUUGACCGGUUCAUUCCCCAAUUGGAAGGGUUUCAUCCGCGAGGACGGUGCAGGCUGGGUCUUUGCACGGGGUGCACUGGAAGCCGCAUACAACGAAGCCUCGCGCCUAGGUGUUUGUUUCAUCACGGGCGAUCCAAAAGGCAAGGUCGAGCGGCUGCUUUAUUCAUCUUCUGACGUCCUCGGGGCCGUGACAGCCGAUGGGACAGAGCACAAAGCGGAUCGAACUAUCCUUUGCGCGGGUGCCAACAGCGACAGAAUAUUUGACUUUGAGCGACAACUUCGUCCGACGGCGUGGACAUUGGCGCAUAUCCAGAUGACGGAAGAAGAGAGGCGGACGUGGAAGAAUCUGCCCGUCUUAUUCAACAUUGAACGUGGUUUCUUUAUUGAACCUUCGGAGGCGGAUGGCGAAUUGAAAUUCGUUGAUGAACACCCAGGAUACUGCAAUUUCAUGCAGGACCCGAAAACUGGCGAAGAGCGGUCGAUACCCUUCGCAAAACAGCAAAUCCCUGUGGAAGCAGAGCAGAGGGCUCGCCGGUUCCUUCGUGAGAGUGUGCCUCAAAUUGCCGACCGCCCUUUCAGCUUUGCACGAAUCUGCUGGGAUGCUGAUACGCCUGACAGACAGUUUUUGAUAGACCGCCAUCCCAGGUAUUCAAAUCUCGUCGUUGGUGUGGGUGGUUCGGGGAUGGGGUUCAUGAUGAUGCCCGCCGUAUCUGUCCAGAUUGCAGAUGCACUUGAAGGUACGAUAGAGGCCAGACUGAAAAAGGGAUUCAGGUGGAGACCGGAAACGGCUGUGGCACGAGACUGGCAUGAUACACAGAACCGAUUCGGUGCAGAUGGCGAGGUCAUGGACCUGCAGAAAGUGCAUCGUUGGACGCAAGUACACAAGCAGGCAAAGCUUUCAUAGAAGCCUGGCAGUCAUUUGUAGCGACCGCCGUAGUGUACCCGUCGAAAAGGAAAAAGGCCUGUAAUACAUUUGCGGACUUCAACUCAGA